UAGCGUUGUAAAGACUCUGAAGAGGGCAUGGCCCUCCCCUUUCUCCCGAGUUGCAACUUCCCCUUUUUUUUUAUCAUCCCUCUCUCCUUGCUCAUUAUCCUUGCUCGUGCAGUCCUGUGGGGCAAUCGGUAGUGAGAGCCGCCUAGCUUCAUCGUUCUGUAUUUGAAUCGUUACUGAGAAAAAUCAAUCGGUGUGGCACGGACGGAGCUAUUCCAUACAGAUAAAUCUACUACACCUACCGCCAAACACGCACGCCCGUUCGGUGACGUGCUCGAGCAUGUCCACAUCAGAGAUUGUCACGGAUCUACCCGCGAGCACCCUGCCCUGCUCCCCUUUGCACUGCGAUUCUACCACUCUGACAUAUUGGGGAUUCAACGAUUCGCAGUGAAGGAAAAGGAACCCACAGCCGGAUUACCAAACAUGGGUUUCUACGGCACUUUAAAGAUGAUUUUCUACAAAAUGAAGAGAAAGUUGGACCAUGGCCCAGAGGUCCGAUCUUUCCCUUCAGGAAAAAAGCCCUGCAAAGGCUCCGAGUAUCCAAGUGCUACGGGGCUGGUCCCCUACCCAGCCACCCCCACCACGUUUGGGCACAUCAGGACAGCUAACGGUCAGGGGCAGCACAGGCGACGUAUCACCUCCAUCCCUUCUCCCACAGGUCUCCAGGAAUGGCUCCGGACAUUUCAGAGCUGGAGUGGCCCAGAGAAGCUCAUGGCGCUGGAUGAGUUGAUCGACAGCUGUGAGCCCACGCAUGUCAAACACAUGAUGCAGGUUAUUGAGCCACAGUUCCAACGCGACUUCAUCUCCCUGCUGCCCAAAGAGUUGGCCCUGUAUGUGCUGUCGUUCCUUGAGCCCAAGGACCUGUUGCAGGCCGCUCAGACCUGUCGUUACUGGAGGAUCCUGGCUGAGGACAACCUCCUCUGGAGGGAGAAGUGCCGGGAGGAGGCAGGCAUUGAUGAGCCUCUAGCCUUCAAGAAGAGGAAAGUCACCAAGCCGGGCUUCACCCACAGCCCCUGGAAGUGUGCGUACAUCAGGCAGCAUAGGAUAGACACCAACUGGAGGAGAGGAGACCUCCGAUCACCCAAGGUGCUUAAGGGUCAUGAUGACCAUGUCAUCACCUGCCUCCAGUUCUGUGGUAACCGCAUCGUCAGCGGCUCUGACGACAACUCGCUCAAGGUCUGGUCGGCUGUCACGGGAAAGUGUCUGAGGACGUUGGUGGGCCACACGGGGGGCGUGUGGUCGUCCCAGAUGAGGGACAACAUCAUCAUCAGCGGCUCCACCGACCGGACGCUGAAGGUCUGGAACGCGGAGACGGGCGACUGUAUCCACACCCUGUACGGGCAUACCUCAACGGUGCGCUGUAUGCACCUGCACGAGAAAACGGUGGUGAGUGGUUCUCGCGACGCCACGCUGCGUGUGUGGAACGUGGAGACGGGCCAGUGUUUACACGUCCUCAUGGGCCACGUGGCGGCGGUGCGCUGCGUCCAGUACGACGGCCGCAGGGUGGUCAGCGGGGCCUACGACUUCAUGGUCAAGGUCUGGGACCCCGAGACUGAGACCUGCCUCCACACGCUGCAAGGCCACACCAACAGAGUCUACUCACUACAGUUUGAUGGGAUCCACGUGGUGAGCGGUAGCCUGGACACGUCUAUCCGGGUGUGGGAUGUGGAGACGGGUAACUGCAUCCACACUCUGACAGGUCACCAGUCCCUCACCAGCGGCAUGGAGCUCAAAGACAACAUCCUGGUCUCGGGCAACGCUGACUCCACCGUCAAGAUCUGGGACAUCAAGACGGGACAGUGCCUGCAGACGUUGCAAGGUCCCCACAAGCACCAGAGCGCCGUGACGUGCCUGCAGUUCAACAAGAACUUUGUCAUCACCAGCUCCGACGACGGCACGGUGAAGCUGUGGGACCUGAAGACGGGCGAGUUCAUCCGUAACCUGGUGACACUGGAGAGCGGCGGCAGCGGCGGGGUGGUGUGGCGUAUCCGCGCCUCCAACACCAAGCUGGUGUGUGCCGUGGGAAGCCGCAACGGCACCGAGGAGACAAAACUACUGGUGCUAGACUUUGAUGUGGACAUGAAGUGAGAGGAGAGGGGGGGAAAUGGUCGAGAUUGGGACAAGUGAGGAGAGGGGAGGAGGGUUAAAGAGAGACGAGGAUGAGAUGGCUCAACAUCGAGGGUGAACGUGCCCUAAACUCUUCACUCCCACACUCAGAAACAGCCCCGUCCCACCCUACCCUCAACCCCCCCUCCUUGCCUCUCCCCUCCCCCCGUCGGUGGCAGUUUCUGACAAAGCAACAGUCGCCAAACUCACCAGCCAGCACCCGUACUUGUUACCCCUCCCACCUUAAGGAGGUGGGGUCCGAAUCAGAAAGGGUAGGAAGUGGGUGUGGCUUGGAACGGGGUUGUGGCUUGCCCGCACCUCUGCGGUAGACUGGGAGGAAGAGGAAGAAGAGGGGGAGGAACAGACUCGUCCAAUAAAGGAGGAAGAGAAGACAGGAACUCUUGAAGAAAUAACUCUGCGGCUUUAGAGGCAGCUUCUUCGCAAAAAAAACAGAGACUUGUUCACUCAAGCCUGACGCAAGCAUUUGUUCAGAUGUAUAAAGAUAUAUCAUUUUUUAUCCCCCACAUAAAGCGCCAACCGACUAUUUACUAGAAAAACAACACUGUAUACAAGGCAAAGACACAGGGAAACAUCAAAUUCUCAUCUGAGGAAAUUAAGUGUAUUGGAAAAAGUUUUUAUGACAACACACAGACACACAAUAUUAGCUAAGUAAGGUUCUUGUCGUCGGGGGAGAGAAUGAGAGAAACGACAUGCCAAGAAUCUGAUUGGUCCCCAAACCAGGUAUGAGCCUAUAACAUCAGGCCCUAUAUCCUGCUCUCUGUUUGUUCCAGUCUUAUUGUUCUUCAGUCUUUUAGUUCCUGGGUUUGAUUUCUUCAAAAAACACACAGGAGCACACGUACAACUGUGAAUUUGCUUUCCUUUUGUAGCCAUGUUCUUUCAAUCAGUUCAAAGACAAGGAUUUUUGUUGUUCAUUUGUUUUUUGGUUGCCUGUUGUUGCCAACAGCAACAAGUCCCAGUAUUAACCUGUUCCACUCACUUCUUUGCUUUUGUUAACUCACCACGUUUUAUUGUCUGUUUGGGUUGUUCUUUACAUUCUUCUUUUCUUCUUCAUAGCUGAAGUCUGGAGACGUUAAGUCUCCAGAUUUAGACGCGAUGCUGUCCUUUGUUUUUCAACGAGUCUGGCUGGGUUGGUUCCUCAAUGCUGGUUCUUACGUGGGGGGGGGGGGGGGUUGGGGUUCUCUUCUCGGAGCGCUUCGUGUGGAAUAGCGUCCUCCCUCCCUCCCAGUACUGUUUUCCCAGUGGGUAAACUGUAUUUAUGCUGCUAGAUAAAACUGAAAUAAAGAUGGAAAUUUUACUCCCUGUGACGUUUUAGUCCCAGACUAAAUUCCAAAAUGGACUCUUCUAAUGUUUUAAACAGACGACACACGAGAGAGAGAGAGAGAGAGAGAGAGAGAGAGAGAGA